AUGAGGCUCAGGAAGAGGCCGAAUGCUCCUGGAUGCUAUCGUGAGUCAAGCUAUGAUGAACAUGGUUUGGAGAAGCCGCUAUUCCUAGCUCAUACGGUGGACUUCGACCCGACCUUGCCCGAGGCUGCCUUUCCCACCGUUCCUUUGGGGACAUGGGCUCCUGGAAGACAGCCUGAGGGAACCGACGAUGAGAUCGAUCAUGGAAAUGUUGAAGCAGCGAUUCGAAACAAUCCACCUGUGGAGUCGAAUGAUCAUCAACAUGUACAAGAACACGACGGUUUUCGACUCCUACCAAGCAUUGAGACGGAGGAGAUCGGAGAUGGCAAUACACAAGAAGUUAUUCAGAGCAAUGCCUAUUCCAAGCACCUAAGCAACGACCAGAAUGCACAACAAGAAGGUGCCUCUCAACUCCCCCAAUUCGCCGAGGUUCCAGAAGACGCGAGACCCAACCCUGUGGCUCUUCCGUUUAAAUGGAAGGCCUGGAACAACAUCAUAGGAAAGUUUUACGAUAUGAAGGUGCAAAGCGCGUCAUUUAUGGGCGGCUAUUCGGCUGAUGAACUAUUCAUUAAAACCGCACAAGAAUAUGAUGGCUUUAAGGCAAGGGAAGUGUUGAAUCCAAAGGGAGUCCGAGGGGUCAGGUAUUUUAUAAAGUGUCAGGAUGAACUACUUAAACUUAAAUGGGGAGCUCUAUCCGAAGGCCUUCAACUCGUUAUCAUCCACGAGUUAACCCGAGAUGGGUCCAUAGAGCAAGCUUGGAAGUUCCUUGGCCUUAACCAGGCAGACCGCAAUCACUUCGACAAGCUUCACGACCGAGAAUCACGUAUCGACCAGUCGGAAGAAGGUUCAUGCAUCGAUCAAUUCACCAAGACUAGCACUCGCAACAUCCUGAAUGGUGGCUUUGGUACAUCGGAUGAGUUUCAAGAUAUUUGGGAGGAGACAUUCGAGCAAGUCUACAAACCUACGAUCUUCUCAUUUACAUCAGAGGAUAUCGAAAAUGCCGAGAAGUUUCUUUCAAGAUACCGAUGCGGCGAAUGUGGUUAUGUCAAGAGAGCCAUUGAGCGGAUCAAGAAAUACGAGGGGACGAACAAAUGUUGGCGGGAAUUGAAAUUUCAUGUGCAGGCUGAGGAGAGCGAUGAUGAGUUGGAGGAUUACCCGGACAUCGACGAUUUGGACCCCUUUGUUUUCUACAAGAGAAAGGUGCCUCAUGAGCAUCUAAAUGGGAAGGCAUCAUCUCAGGGCCAGGCCGCAACAAAGCCAAUUCUCGCCACAGAAUCUGACAACAAACCCGACGAGCGUCUGUCCAAGUCCAAAUCCAGGACAACAGCACCUCCUAGCAAGCUCCCAGAAUCCUCUGGUGAUAUGAAUGCGUCUUCGGCACCAGUUGGUACUGGAGACAAUGCCAAGGCUUCUGGUACCGCUCAAAAAGGUCCUCGAAGACCAUUGAUUAAGCUGAAUGUUCGCUGUGACAAGCGCCAUGACCAUCCGAUGCGGGCCGAAAUAGCUGGAACUAGGGCUUAUAUCAAUCAUAGGGCACCUUGCAUAGUUUCUCGACAAGAACAGUAUCCACCUGGUUUUGGAUCUACGGUCGCGGCCCCUGUUGUGCUCGGACAAUCAACCUAUAUCGAUAGAAUUAGGAAUGACCCUGGACCAGUUCACAAUGAGCAACAGCUUUCAAAACGACGUAGUUUAAUAGUUAAGCUGAAGGCCAACCCUAAGCUCUCUGACUUGCCUCAACAGAGAUCUGAAGGUAUUCCAAUUGCAGCCAAGCCCAGUUUAAUAGUUAAGCUGAAGGUCAACCCUAAGAUUUUGGACUUGCUUCAACGCAGAUUUGGAGGUAUGCAGACUGCAGCAGCUCGCGAUAAGCCUUCGCUGCCAGCUACUUCAAUAUAUCCAGAAGGGUAUGAUGUAUCCUCUGGUAGCAGCGGAUGUUAUGCAUUGCCAACAACCUCAUCACAAGACCUUGGAAAUAUGCAUUGCGGCAGUGACCAGCAACCUACCUUGGUUAGGGGUUGGCCAACUACUCCUUCGGAUCAAGCCUACUGCCCUUCAAGUGAUAUCAUCAGUGAUAUCCACUUGAGCGGCUUACCAGCAAAGGCACGUCCAACUAAGAGGAAGCUAUUUCAAGUAACCUCCACACCUCCUGGCCUCAAUCCUAAUCUUACAGACCUUGAGAAGUCUUCGAACUUUGUCCAAGGGGAGCCCCUUCCAAAUCCGUUUCGAACAAAUGCACCGCCCAAGACACCGACUGGCCUAGGCAACGUUACUCAGGCAACGACUCGAUUGAACUGUGAACCUUUCAACAUGCUGGGAGCCACGUCAGACUUUACCGAAAUGGAGCAGAAAAUAGUCGAUAUGAUUGUUUCUCCAGGAGCGGCUGCAGGUGGAACAGUUGCAGGAACAUCAAAUUCGCCGCUAGGCAAUACGCAACCCCCACAAACUCUCGUUCCAGCUCAUGUUUAUCCUGAAGCCAACCCGCUCGAUACGUCCGGAGUGAAUGGUAUUUCUCAUCAGAAACAAACCGAUCUCCCUUAUCAACCUAGCCCAGGAGGGCAUGGCACUGACGACAAACACAACGAACAGCAACAGACAAUCCAACAGGUCAACCCGCAGCCCUCUACUCUGCUAACGACGUUACCGGAUGAGCAUCCUCCUCAAAACCGACGUUCGAGCAUUACAGACAGUGAAUUCGACCGUCUAUGCGAACUAUCAGACUUACUUGAUAUGUAUCUCAAGUCCGAUAAUACUGACGUUGUUCCACCUUCCCAGAGCGCUCCGAUGCCCGAUCUCAGUCUACCCGCCAAACCUGAGAAUGGUAGAGUGGCCGUUUUGCCAGGUGUGCCAGGACUUCUGCACAGCACGGAAAUCAUGAGCCACAUAGCUCCCGAGGUUCAAAUCCGUGCUGCGCAGUAUUCAUCCACCUUCCGGAGGUCUUUCGAUCACCCCGCAACCGCGUACCUCCAAUGUGCGCCAGAAGUUCAAUCGAUUCCCCACCUGAACAGCUCCGCAGCGACCGAGUUCACUCCGCAGGAGCUCGAUCAGAAUUCACCUCUACCUGCGAAGACUCCAGCCACUCCUACCCCAGCUUCACGAAAGGCUUCUACUGUCAAGGAGAAAGUGAAUGCCAAGGCAUCUGCGAAGAAACCUGCUCCACGGAACAAACUCGACCGAUCUACACAAUCUGUAGCGGAUAUGGCUAGUCAAGAUGCUCCUCCCGCAUCCCCACCAAAGAGCGGUAAAUGGUUAUCUUAUUCUGAAAGCCCUGCUCCAACCAAGGCAAAGCCGCUAGCUAGGUCAUCUUCAAAGCCGCAAAAAGCGCCUGCAGGAACAGCUUCUACAUCCUCAAAGGCAACAGCCCAACCUCCGCAUGUGACCACAGAAAUGUCAACUCCAUCUCCAGGCGCAACCACCAUGGGUCAAUUUGUCCCCAUCCAAAAGGCAAAGCCUUCUAUCGCAGAUACCAAGGCACCCAUGGCAGGAAAUGGCUGGGUUAUGGAAGUUGCUAAUGAAGCUCAGGUUGACCCACAGCAGACUCUCGGCGCCGCCCCUCAAAUUCUGGAACACAAGACGAGAUUAGCCGCUAGGAGAAGCCGUGAUACUUCGAGAAAAUCCAGUGCCACACCUUCGGAGAUCCAGAGUUUGAAUGACAAUGGAAAUAAUGGUGGUCCCGCUAGUGAUAUGAGUGGAAACGCAAUGGUUGCCACUACUGUGAAGAAAAAGAGAAAGAGCGGCCUAGAAAAUAUUCCUGAAGACAAGGACGAAAAUCAGCAGAAGAAACAGAAGAUGGAGGAUGGAGGUGCUGUGGGUACUAAACUCGUCGGCAAGCUGGAACAUAAUGACAGCGACCACCGAGGUGUUUUGAAGACUUCUGAAGCAGUAGCUGACAAUGUUUUCGAGAUGAAUAUGUGUCCACAGCAGCAGCAUGAUGAUCAGGAGAUGCACGAUUAA